CAUUCCCUCUGUAUCAUUCUUAGAGCUCUUGUUUGUUGGAGUAUCAUUUUUUUAGUGGCCAAAGAACACAUCAUCACAUAACAACCUACGAAUCCAUGAUGCUGGCGCAAGCAGAGAGAGGUUGCAACCACAACUGCAAGUCUUCGAGUACACGAGUUUGAGUUGUCCCACUAUAUACCUCUUCUCCCUUAAGCUAGUGUGAUUAAAAUAACGUAACUGCACACAGCUCGGAAUCGAGCAACGGACCGUGGACGUUUGGGUAUCUAAUGGUCCAUCAGUUUGCUAAUAAAGCUGCCUAUGUGGCCGUAUAUAUAAAUGGACGGCAGCAACGGGCGAUAGGCAUCACACACACACUCAGCAGCAGCAGUCAGCUGGUCAGCAGCCAGCAGCCAGCUCCCACGCAGAGCCAGUCUCUCCGGCGAGCUCCAGCGCCGUAGCCAUCAUCGCCAUGGCUAGGGAAGAAGAGCUCAAGAGGAUUGACCUGAAGGUGAACGUGAGCUGCUGCGACGGCUGCAGGAGGAAGGUGAUGAAGGCGAUGAGCCUCAAAGGCGUGCUGCGGACGGAGAUCCAGCCGUCGCACGACCGGGUGACCGUCGUUGGCGACGUGGACGUCAAGGUCCUCGUGAAGAAGCUGGCCAGGGUCGGCAAGAUCGCCGAGCCGCUGCCUCCGGCGCCGGCGGCUUUCGAACAAUGCAAGAAGCGGGACGACGGCGACAGGGCGGCGCAGGCGCAGGUGGAGGAGAAGCGCAAGGGCAAGGGCGACGCCGGUGACAAGGCGGCGGCGGCGGCGGCGCCGAGCGAGCAGGAGGGAUGCAAGAAGUGCGCCGGCGAGGCGGCCUCGCGCGCCGAGGGCGGUGGCGGUGUCGAUGGCGACCGCGGCAGCGGGAAGAAGGCGCCGUCGCCCAAGGACGGCACCGCCGGCUGGACAGGCGAGGAAGGCGGCGACGCCGACGAGUUCGACACCAAGCCGCCCGUGGCGGUGGCCGCCGAUCACCGCCACGCGCAGGCGCAGGUGCAGCAGCACUACCACCGCGCGGAGCCGCCGACGGUGGUGCCGGUGCACGUGCCGGCGUACUACGCGCCGCCGGCCGCGGCGGUGCCGUACUACGGCUACUACGGCAUGCCGCCGCCGGUGCCCGUGGCGAUGGCGAUGGGGGUGGGGGUGGCCCAGCGGCACCACCCGCAGGUCCGGCCGCAGCCGUCCCGCUUCGACGAGGACUUCUUCAACGACGACAACACGGUCGGGUGCAGCGUCAUGUGAGCCGUGAACGGACGGACCGACACCGCCGCCGCCACGCCUUUCGCGCCCGCCCAUGCCAUGUCGUUUUCCCGGGCAGAUCGCAUCGACGACAAUGUCAUCUGUCCCGCCCCCCCGCGCGCGCGUGCACAGUGUGAGCAAUGCAACAAAGAAUCAAAGAAAGCCAUGAUGGAGUCGGUGCUCGUCCUGUCAACGUACCACAGUACCAUACGUUAACUUAAGAACCAUGUGUGUUUGGGACUAUAAUCUAACUUAUUUUAAAUUAACAUUUAGUUCAAAAUGAUUUAAAUUAUAUAAUUUUGGCAGAUUAUAAUUUCAAACUAACACACUCUAAGAAUGUGUUUGAUUGCGGGACAGCCAAGACAGGAACAUCAUCUGCCGUCCUCUCUCGUCCCUUCAAUUUUGAGAAAUAACUAAUAUAAUGCUGGAAUAGUCUUGUCCCAACUAUUGACCCUGAACCAAACAACCUUAUUUAAGGGAUUGUCUCA